AUGAGGGCUGCACUUGUGCUGUUGCUGCUGCUGUUAGUCACUCUCACUGUCUCUGAAGCUGGAGGGAAAAACAAGAAAGGUGAGAAUUUCUCUUCUUCCCUUCCCAUCCUUUUGCUUUCGGAGUUUCUCCUGUCAAGUCAGAUCAAGUCAACUUUGUUUUUUAACAGUCAUAAAUCAAUACAGUGGUUGUUUUAUGCCGCAUAUAUAACAAGCAGGUUAAUACUGGGCCUCUUUUAAGUGAUUGUGGAGUCCGAAAAAUGACUCACGCUGGCGUAUAUGUCACAGUCUGUUUUUUUUGGGGUCAAUUUCAGGGUGCUCAGUAUAUCCACAAUGAGCACUUUUAAUGCAACUGGGCAGCUCUUUUUGGUGCAGUCCUGCUUACUACCAGCAUGGUGAUGGAGCUCGGCCUGUGGAUACAUGGCUUAACUUGGUUCGCUUUGCCAUGUGUCCAGCAUGCUUUGCUCAAUGAAGCACCAUCGCUUCUUUAAAAGAAAUCAAUAAAACUCACAAUCUAACGUUUUUGUCUCCAGCUAUGUCACUAAUCAUCUAUCUACUUCGGUAUCUGUACAAAAACUUUGCAACAUUUUCUCUGUGCUGCUUAGUUAUAGCAUUUGCAGUGUCAUGGUGUUCUUCCACAUUCAUCUCUCGGAUUUUAUGCUUUUCUACAUUUGGUUGACUUGGAUUUUAAUGCUGUGCUGUAAACUAAUGCAGGCAUUUUGUGUAUUCCAUCUCAAACACAAAAGAUCUGAUAGUGUGAAUAAAUAGGCUUUUUGGGGGUUAUUAAAAAAGGGGAAUUAUUAGUCCAGGUUUUACUGCUCCUGAUGCAGUUAUUAUGUUUUAAUAAGUAUAGAGUUAAAACACAUUUAUUCCUAGAACAAAGCCUUUGGUUCGUGAAAGCUUGACAUCUGAGCAGACAGAAUUGGACGAUUUUCCGAUUUUCAAGCAGGACAGAAAUGAAUCAGUGAAAAGGCAGUGAUUGUAUUGCAAUUGGUGAUCUCGUCCUGGAUGAAUGGAUGACAUUCCCCAUGUCACUGUGUGCAGAAUGUGAGGAUAUGACACAUGCUAUCUGUUGAGAAGGCACCGCUGGGAAUUGAACCCAAGAUCUCCUGUUAAGUAGCCAGGUGCUUUAACCGACUAAGCUACAGCGCCAAAGAAGUAUCCCAUACACAGAUUGGCUACAUGUCAGAACAGUUCACCCUUGAUUCCUGUUAAUUUUACUUUAAUUUAUGAACUUGUUUAUUUAUUAACCAACUUUUUCUCUUCCUCUAUGUCCCUAUUUCUUUGUCAGUGUUUUGGAUGUCAUUUAAGUGUUGAGGAUUUUUACACCCUACCAAUGCAACUGGAGUUCAACUAAUUUUCUCUCUCUGGUCAUGGUUUUUGUAGAAUUUAUUAUUUCUAUUGAAUUACUUUGUUCUAAAAACUUUGAUCAGCAAAUUCCUUGCAAUUGUACUUUGAGAAAUGUUGUUCUUAAACUGGUCGACCUAUUGCUCACGCAGUUGUUCACAAAGUGGUGAACCUCGCCUCAUCCUUGCUUGUGAAUGACUGAGAAUUUUUGGGGAAGCUGCUUUUAUACCCGAUCAUGGCACCAACCGUUCCCAAUGAGCCUGCUCACCUGUGGGAUGUUCCAAAUAGGUGUUUGAUGAGCAUUCCUCAAAUUUCUCAGUAUUUUUUGCCACCUUUCCCAACUUCUUUGUCAUGUGUUGCAGCCACCAAAUUCUAAGGUUAAUUAUUUGCAAUAAACAAUAAAGUUUAUGAGUUUGAACAUUAAAUAUCUUGUCUUUGUAGUGUAUUCAAUUGAAUAUAGGUUGAAAAUGAUUUGCAAAUCAUUGUAUUCUGUUUUUAUCUAAGUUAAGCACAAUUCCCCAACUUCAAUAGAAUUGGGUUUUGCAUUUACAUAUUUACUAUUUAUUCACAUUUAAAAAGGUACAGUGUGUACAGUACAGUUUUAUUUUUGUAAACACCAAAUUAGCCUGGAUUUCUACAGAAGCACAGAAUAGACAAACUUGUAAAAUUCAUGUUUAUGUAGUUAGUGAGUGGCUGCAGGAUGAAGAUAAAGAAGAAGAGGAUGAUUGUUGGUCUAAAAACAUGACAAAUGAAAGAUCGUACUAAUUAUGGAUUACAGGAGCUUCUUAUCCUCAAAGGUCACUGUUGCUUCAUAGAUGGGAGGGAUGAGCAACGGAGCCUUUCCAAUAUUCCUGUUUCUACACACACUGUACUUUUAAUAGACCUGACACUUCUCAGUAGCCUACAUCAAUAAAAUGAUUGUCCAGUGAGAGCCCAAUUAAAUUUAAAGCUUCAAUUAAAAAAGCAGGAAACUAUUAGACCUGUUUCCAGAGCGCAGCAACUUGAGUGAAAUACCCAUGAGGGGAGACACGCUGGAUGAUUAAUAACAGACAGUUGAGCUCGUUUUUGGCCUGAAAUAACCCCAAAUUUACCACUGAUAUAACCUGGUUAUUUUCUCUUUUUUAAGUUCUUUCUCCUGUCGUGUGAGGAGAUAUGCACACUGUGCUGAAAUAUACCCACAUUCAGACUCAUAUUUUUAUCCUUGCAUGUUUCUUCUUCUUUGUAUCAACACACCUUUUGUUAUAAGUAAGAGGCUGUGGGGGGCGAUAAAGUUUAAAGAGCCCUUUAAAUGUUUUGCUCUCGUAAACAUGACAACAAUAAACACGCUGAUAAAAAAAAAAAAAAAUUAGAGUGAUUGUGCAUGGAUAAACACCAUAAAAACUAAUUAUGACUUGUAUGGGUGCCGAGUUUCAUAUUUGCACCUGGCUGCAGUAAAAGCUGCUCAGGUGAAUUGGUUCGAGAGUCUGAGUGCUUAAUUAGCUUCAGAAAGACAGCUCCCAGUGAGCAGCUGUCACCUGCAGACUGGUCGGACUGGGUGGCUCAGAGGUGAUUUUUCAUGUUUACAAAAUACUGAAAGCAUGUGUGUCUGAAAUAACAGGUACAUAAAUAUUUUUUUCUGUCCACAGAGAGAAGCAAACCCUCCCCGUCCGGGUCAGAAUGCACCGACUGGCGCUAUGGCAACUGUGUCCCUAGCAACGGGGACUGUGGAGCGGGGUUUAGAGAGGGGUCAUGUGACCAGCAGACCAAGAAGAUGAAAUGUAAAGUACCAUGCAACUGGAAAAAGGACUUUGGAGGUAACGUCCCGGCACACACGUGAACACACACAUGAACGCACACAGAUAUCCGUACAGCUCCACUGGAGUGUGAAAGUUUCAGAUUUGAGAGAUGGAGUCAGAGCAGGUGAGACGAUGAGAGUAAUGUGCAGCUACACCCAGUGCACUGAAUGUAAAGCUUUUCUUCGGCUCUCAUGACACGAUCCUCUGACUCUGAAUAACUCCACAGUCUGAAGAGGUGCCUGAGACAACAACACAAGCACCUGCAACAUAAUGAUGCAAUCCAGUGAAGUAGCCCUGCAGAAAUGAACUCUGUGGAGCCGUGGGGGAUGCAAAUUGUUUGCACAUGUUGUAAUGUUGGGUUUUAAUUGUUUUUACACUGUCGUCUCUUGCAGCAAGAACUUGAAAUUAACUGUUUGAAACACUAUGCUCCAAAGUUUAGGACAGGUUUCAUUACAUUUUGCAGGUUGGUUCUUGUAUUGUUGGUUUUUCCCCCUUUUUUUUUCUUGCAGUGGACUGAGACAGUUUUCUUAAUCAGCCGGACACUGGUGGUCCAAACAUGUCAGAUCUGGUCUAGCUGAGGAAUAUUUUACAUAAUGAACCAUAUGUUCAUCGAAAUUCAGCCUACAUUUAAGGAUUAUACAAUUAUUGUGAUGACUGUUAAUGACUGACAUGAAACAUUCUAUGAUAACAUUGACAACCCAGCUUAGAGAGCAGCAUGUGGAGAGAAUGUGCCAGGAGUUGUCCUGGGAGCACUUCAGCUCUUGAAUAUUUAAAAGAAAUAAUAUUCACAGACUGAGUUUUCAGACGAUUUGUUGUUCAGUCAAAUAAAUCUGGAUCUGUAAUGAUCUCUGUAGAGUUUAAGGUUAACACUCCCUGUAAAUACUUUGCCAGAGUUACCACCAGCUUUGUGCAGAUGGUCAAAUUUCACUCUGAACUGUUGGUUCUGGUGGUUGAGCAUUAGAUGGAGCUUCAUUAACAGAGAAAGGGACCACUUUAGGCAAAAAAAGAAGAUCAAAUGUGCAAACAGCACACAAUGACGUUAUUUUCUCUUUGCAUGCACUUUGUGAAUCAGGCAGUUGUUCCUCAUUAGAGAAGGUUUUAGCAGACACAAAAGCAGUGUAAUUGUAUUUGUGAAUCAGGCUGUGGAUAUGUUGUUAAGGCUGGACUGUGUUUAAAGAUUCUAAACUUAGCAGCAAGUCUAAAAAGAGAGCCUGUGUUUAGCUAGCGGAGCAGACUGCUGCACGCUUUUUGUCUGAAAUCACUUCCUCUCAGUUGGUUUUCUGUUUCUCUCUUAACUAGCUGACUGUAAGUACCGGUUUGGUAGCUGGGGGGAGUGUGAUCCAGGGACUGACCUGCGGACCAGAACAGGGACCCUGAAGAAGGCUCUGUUUAAUGCCGAGUGCCAGCAGACCAUCACUGUCUCCAAACCCUGCCCUGGAAAAACCAAGACAAAAAACAAAGGUUAGACCGACAUGCUCACCUUCUCAAUAAAGAGGAACCAACCAAAGUUUACCCUUACAGUGACUGAAAAAUGGACAAAUUCCCAGAUUUCAGAAGUGAAAUAAGCAUAUGCUGGACUAUAAUUGUAAAAAACAGUCAACAAAACAGUCUGAUAUAGUUUUAUUUCCUCAAAGGACUUCAAGAGUUAUUAAUGGGGAACUGCCAUCAAAAAUGUAAUUUUGUGUGUUUUUGUGUCAGAUAAGGUCCAUAUUAUGUUCGUCUUAUGUUGUAAAUGUGAAAACAAACCGUUACGUCGUUUGCAUUCUGUAAAGGUUUAAAAUAAAGGAACAGGUAAACCAGGACAAUUGAAAAAGCAGGUCCUCCUGACAUCAUGCUGACCUUGCUCAUUAUUAUUCACGAGCGCGUCCUCGGUGAGCCGCACCCACUCUCUCGUUCUCAUACUCACAGUCACAGCCAGAUCGAGACCCAGCUACCACUGUAGCCACUAUGGGUCUCUUCCAAACGACCGGUGUUUCCUUGGGUUCACUGCCGGGAAAAUGAUCUUAAAGCUGGGCAGAAUGAAUGAGAAAACACCGCUGGAGAUCUCCGGCUUCUUCUUCAACUUCCACCUCCUCUUCAGACUCGGGGUCUAAAAUAUAUAAUUUAAUAUCUGCCAUUUUUAGCGUUUAGCAUAAGGUGACCAGCCGUCCCUGAUUUCCGGGGACAGUCCCCGUAUUGGAUGACCUGUCCCCGGCAAUAGCUGUCCCCGAAAAUGUCCCCGAUUUAAGCGUUUCAUGAAUGAGAGCAAAAAUGUUGCGUGUGGGCUCGAACAACGGUUAUUACAGUAGCCGAAUGGGUAGGAAGCACAAGUUAGCAGUCCUGAACAACAGUUCUUAUGGGGGUUAUUACAAGGGGCAUGCGCUGCUACUAAACAGUACCGAGACUUUGUCUGUGAUCACACAGCCCCUGUAGCCCCUGCUCCCUCCCCGCCGCCGCACCGAAUAUCCCCGGAUAUCAUUACAGACACCUGGGCACCGUACUUUAGCACACAUUAGCAGAAUGGAUAAACCGAAAUCCGAACCUCCACUGCUGAGCCAAUCAGAGCACAGCAGGCUUCACAGCAGCGAGCCAAUCAGAGCAAAGCUCAUUACCAUAAUUGUUAAUGAGCCAAAAUCAGUUGGUUUUCCUGUAAGGUUUUUUAGGCAUACUAACACAAACCAUCAAAUAACUUUUCAGCUAAAAUUAUGUUGCAAACAUGAUCAGAGGACAUCAAGGAUUAUGAAAAAAUGGGUAUGAAAUUUUGGUGGCAGGUCCCCUUUAAAUAUUAUCGAAAUUACAGGCUGGAUUGGUCUGACAUUUGCAUGAAUAUUCACUGUCCUUGAAAAAAAAACAAUCACUAUCAUUUUGAUGAAACCUUCACCUUUCCUCGAGCAGCAGUAACAAGCCAGAAAUAUUCCAAUUUCACAUAACUUUUUACCAAGUUAAUCCUCUGCCAUUAUCAUGAAGCCUUAAGAGGAUCAGUAACCCUGAAAAUGUUCCUCUACUGCAAAACAACUCACAACCUCUCCAAAAAAAAUCAUAUUCAUGCCUUUUAAGUUGAUAAAAAGAGAAAGAACUAUACACUUUUCAGUUUUUUGGUGUUUUUUUUUUGCUUUCUAGUCUCACCAGUAUCCAAACUUUGGACCAGAUGAACUCCUCAUCUGAACUUUCUUUCAAAUGUGUUUUGAAUUGACGCUCUGAGCAAUGUUUACUCCUUUAUUUCUAAUUUUUUUUGUUCCAGGAAAGAAGAGAAAGGGCAAAGGAAACUAG